CAUAUUCCCAACCAUGCAGAUCUGCCAUUUCUCAGUGAUUCACCGUGUAUCACAGCGGUAAACGGCAGGCCAAGAUGUAAGACUUCGCGGGACUGAGACGACCGGAUUUUGGGAGGGGAUGUCACACCUUACUGUACCGAGUAGACCCUGAACCCCUCUGUUUAGCCGUUCCUGCAUGGUCCCUCAAUAUCCGAACUGACCCCAUCUCUUCAAUUGAACGUCGACCGCUUCAUCUCAUCAUCGUCUUGCCAUCGCAAUCUUUACCACUACAACCCAUACAGCUCACCCGCUACCUUCCAACAUGCGCGCCUCCGCCGCCAUCGCCCUCGCCAUACUCAUCAGCGUCAGCUCCGCCGCAGGCGGCGUUCCCGACUGUGCCAAACCUUGCGUCGACCAGUUCACAUCCGGCUCCAGCAUCGCCGGCUGCAACAACCUCAACACGAACUGCAUCUGCAGCAACAAAGACUUCCUCAGCAACAUCGCCUGCUGCCUCGUCAACAAGUGCGACGAGGCCGGCCGCAACGGCGCCAUCGCCUAUGCGAAGGCCAUCUGCGGCACCGCCGACCCGCCAGUCCAGGUCCCGGAUCAGGUCGUCUGCAACUCCUCCUCCUCCUCCUCCUCCUCCUCCAGCAAGGGGAUGGCGGCCGCAACAACGGGCGGCUCUACGACUGGCGGAACUACGCAAGCUCCUACUACGGAGACUACCUCAACGUCGGCGGCCCAGACUUCGAGCAGCUCGGGCGCGGCGAUGGUGAACUUGGGCAGCAGAGGGAUGGGGUUGGCUGCUGGCUUUGCGGCGGCUUUGGUGCUCCUGUAAACAGUGCUUCUGUAAAUAUGGAGGGGUGGUAAUGCGGUGCACUCGGUCAAGUUCCUGUAGGACGCCGUGUGACAUUCUGAUGCGGGGUAUGAGCGAUUGUUAUGUUGGCGGCUGCGAUGUGAAAUUGUUUGUUUUUGUGGCCUACCACUUGGGGCAUUUAAUAAUAGUCCAUGUGUGGUUAAUAUUCAACUCAAUAGCUUAGGCCGUCUCUAGUAUUUAUUCGAAUAGCAUGUUUCAUCAUCUGCGCUCGAAGACUGAAAAACCUGCUUGCUUCCACUAAGACUUUAGUAAAUGAAGACAUGCAUCGAGGAAUCCCAUGGUCGAUGUUUCGAAACCACUAAGGCAGCAUAUGAUACUUUCCA